AUGAAGGACAGCACGUCACCCUCAGGGGAGAGGCCUAUGAACCGUUCGUCAACGCGCAAGAGACGGCGGACCUCAUCUGCAUCUGAUGUGCCGCGAAGGAGAGCAUCUGCAGAGUUGGUGGAGAAGGAAGAACAAGGAAUGAAGAAUGGCGAUGGUGAUGUCCCGUCUACUAGUAAUAUCAUGUCUAUGGACGUAGAUGAAGAGACCAACGGCGGCGGAAAUAGGACCACGGAUACAAGAACUCAUCCUGGUGGAGGUAUUCAUAUCGACGAUCCGGAGGGGAAGAGACACACAACGAGAACAAUCACAUCGACAACAAGAAAAAGCACACUAGAAAAAUGUCUCUCCCUACUGCCACCCGAACUCUUCGUUCGAGACCGACGUACUUAUCGCCAUUUCGUCUUCGGCUCCUUUAACAAUGUUGCGAAAAUCCAAGAUUCGGUGCUAGACGCGUGGAUCCAGAUCCUAGAAAGGACAGGCCCCGACGUCCGCUUGGCCUUCAAGGGUAGGCCGUUUGUAGCCCAGCCACUGGGAACGAUACAUCCUUUCGAAAAAAGGAUUCCACAGCAUCUUAUGCAGGCUUCCGCUAGUAUAAUAAGUCCAUCUUUAGAAGCGUCUUGAUUUCUGAAGCCCCCAGGUAGAGUAAGCGCAUGCAUCUUGGAUCCGCAGCAAGCUGCACGCGAAUCAGGGCGCCCACCUACUGCCUGCGAAUAUCCCCCAGUGUGCCAACCGUGCCCCUCAUGUGUGCCAAGGGUCUGCCCACCGUGCCAAGCGGGGCCGCCCAGCGGCCCAGCGUCGCCCAGCGUGCACACCUUCCCGCCGUCUAUAGACUAUUCUACUAUAAUAAAUAAGUCCAUCUUUAGAAGCGUCUUGAUGAUCUGGGGGCCCUCUGAUUGAGCUAAGAAGAGGCCCAUCUUCAGGAACAAGACAACUCUCGAGACAAAAAAGAUGGACUCCGAAAAGCUCUAAGGAUUUAUGGCCUCGCAUUGACCUGUGGCCUAGUUCGCCGACGACUGAAGAACAUCAGAGUUGCUAUCGUUUCAUCGACCUAGCUUUAGAUCCCUUUCCCUACAGCGGUACAACGACGACUUGCGAAGCCCUGCUGUGUGGAACGCCUGUUCUAACAUGGAGUGAACCAAAGCGGACCCUACAUGCACAGAAUGUUUCAUCAUCGUUGAUGCGGGCGUUUCUGAGACCAGGGAGAUGUAGAAAGGAUCUACUUCUACCUCGUGGUCUGGAGGAGUUGUCCACCUCCGGAGACUGUGAAAGAAGUGAAGACUGUGUUGAAUACGCAGAAAAGAUACAUCAAAACCAAGAAGAACUAGACGAGGAUCCCUGCUACUUCUCGAAUCCAUGGGUAGCGUUUUCCCGCGAAGAGUAUAUCGAAAGAGCGAUUGCAUUUGCGAAUUAAGGCUGUUCUAGUAAUUAUCCCUCAAGCUCCCCACCUGUUGAUAUUACUUCAUUCUCUAAGACAUCAACCGAAUCCGUUUCGAGAAACGUGGCAUUCAGAAAGCGAUGCUGACAUCAGAACUCUGCGACGCUCCCACGUACAUGGAAGAAAUAGAAGCUACAUUCCACGCAUUAUGGAACGAAGAGCAGGCGAAGUAUGAUGGAAGCUGACAGGCAGGGUAGGUGAAGCGUCGAGGAUGGAAACCGAGGAAGUACAAAAUUGGGGUUCUAUUGUCAUUUGAAGAAAAAAUGGACGGGUAUGCAGCAUAAGCUGAAACAGGAGGCAGUGCAAGUUCUUACACUGUGCUGCGUAUAAAUAUGAUUAACCAGCGUCGUAUACGCCUGAACAACAACAUUUUUUAAAUGAUAAUUAUUUAAAGUAAUAAACGCAAACACUAUAAUAUUAACGUGUACUAGUACAAUUACAACCUUCAUGACUGAUUUACUUUCUUGUGGUGGAGAGGUGGAGCCAUAAACAACGAUUGUCCCAGGUGGAACACAAACCCAUAACAUCAUCAUAAGGACCUUCAUUGUCAUAUUAACUACAUGUAGGACUAACUUACAUAGCCGGGAGUCCGAGUGCAUUUUGAAGUACGGAGAAUAGCAAACUGUGACUGAUGCGUUGCCGAUAUUGAAUGCUAGAGGUUUUGCGCUGAUAAGAUGUUGUCCAUACUGCCUGUAUCAUCGAGCAUGAAAGUAGAAAGUACUAGCUUCUUUCCUUGAAAGGAGAACACCAACAAGC